GCUCUCCUCACACAAAUGAACCCGGCUUUCGACUUUCUCCGUCACUUCCUCCGCCCUGUGAUGCUCCUGCUCCUCCUCUCAUGGUCAGGAGUAGCCCUAUCCCCGGUGACAUGCCCCAACUGCGGCAGCACUCCAGUGCCUCUCCCACUCAGCACCGCCGCCAACUGCGGCGAUCAACUCUACAAGAUUCGUUGUAAGAAUAGCGAGCUCUUUUUCGAUACGCUCAAUAACACCUACAGGAUCUCCUCCAUCACACCAAAAUCCCAACGGCUAACGAUCGAGCCCGCACCUUUCUUGCCCAACAGCACCAACACCUCGUCACCGGGAACCACCUGCGUGACGGAGGAUAUCUCAACCGUCGGAAUCCAACUCAAUUCCUCCCUCCCCUUCAAUAUUACUAGCAGCAACACCGUUUUGUUGCUCAAUUGUACGGACCGCCUGUUCCACUCCCCGCUGGAUUGCUCCAACAGCAGCGGUCUCUGCCACACUUACAUCGAUGCAAGCCGUGACUCUGGCAGCCCUGCCGGCGCGUGUGCAGGCGCCCCUAUCUGCUGUAACUUUAGAACCGGCGGGUCAACAACAGCGUACAGGAUCCGGAUUAGGGAAGCGGGUUGUAGUGCGUACCGGGUUUUUGUGAACUUGAAUGAGUCUUUGCCUGUCCGGCAGUGGCCCAACCCCGCCCUGGAAUUGGAAUGGAAGUUGCUGGCGGAUCAAGGCCGGUGAAUCUCCCAGUUGAGAUCACUAUUUUCUGGGGCGCGAGGGUCCGUAGGAUUAUUAGACAAAGAUCUGUCGGACCCAACUCCUAAUUAAAAUGGAUCUUAUAAGUGAAAUUAAGAAAUAUUUAAAUAAAAACCAUAUUGUAAUUCAGUUAAGGAGUACUCUAAUAUAUUUGGCCGGGAAAAGUAAUUUAAAUACUCCAAACUUUGAAUGAUCUAAGCAUCUCAAACUUUCAUAUGUAAUAUUUAUAUCCAGAAAUUUAUAUGAAAAGUAAUAUUAGUACCA